CAAUGUCAAAAAGCCUUUUUUUUCGUGGCGUGAAACCCAUCACAAACCCGUCGAAAUUCCUCUCCCCGUGCACUUUUCCUUUGUUUGUGAAGACGACCACCGCCAGCUCGCAUCCGCCAUCAGCAGCGUCCGGACUUGCGCAUCAGUGUCGUGCGGAAUCGCGAACAAACGCCUCUUGUGAAUCUGCCAAAGACGCUUUUCAUAAGUUUUAGAUUAGAGGUUUUUCGAGAUAAAAACUUCUACCACUCGUCUUGAUUAGUAGUAAUAUGAGUAAUGCACCCAACCAAAAUGGAUCAGGUCUAGAGCAGCAGUUUGCUGGUCUGGACUUGCAGAGUCGCGCAUCAAGCGGCCGUUACGUGCCCCCGCACUUGCGUAACAAACAGAAUUUAUCCGAAAGUAGCUACGAUAGGGAUAGAGACCGUGGCGAAUCGAGAGGAGGCAGUGGAAGGAGCUACAAUCGAGGUGGAAGAGAUAACCGAGGAGGCGACUUUUCCAGCUUCAACACUAGCAGGAAUCGUCGUGACAACUUCCAAAACGGCGAGACGUUCGAGCGAGAUGAUUGGGGUAGAGGCGGUAGCCGCUAUCAGGAACGGGAGCGUGACUUGCCCCGUAAUGAUCGUUGGCAGGAGCCCGAGAAGCCGCAGCGAGAGGGAGGCGGCGGCCGCUGGAACGAAACCCGCAACGAGAGCGGAGGUGGCGGCGGCGGCGGCGGUGGCGGCGGCGGCGGUGGACGCUGGAACGACAACCGCGAUCGUCGCAACGAGAACGACUGGACUGUACCGAUGCCGAGGGACGAGAGGGUCGAGCAGGACCUCUUCGGCACUGGCAACACGGGCAUCAACUUCAGCAAGUACGAAGAUAUACCUGUUGAAGCAACCGGGGAUAAAGUCCCGCGUCACAUUACAUCUUUUGAGGAAGUACAGUUGACUGAGAUCAUCCGGAACAACAUAAGCUUAGCUCGUUAUGAUACUCCGACUCCAGUACAAAAAUACGCAAUUCCGAUAAUUGUAGGCAAGCGAGAUGUAAUGGCUUGCGCCCAGACAGGGUCUGGUAAGACUGCAGCGUUCUUAGUGCCCAUUUUGAAUCAAAUGUACGAAAAUGGACCUCCGAUCAUUACCCAUGGACGCAGCCGACGUAAGCAGUAUCCACUCGGGCUCGUCCUGGCACCCACCAGAGAACUUGCCACGCAAAUUUACGACGAAAGCAAGAAGUUUGCUUAUAGGUCGCGGGUGCGCCCGUGCGUUGUCUACGGCGGCGCCCACAUCGGCGACCAGAUGCGCGACCUUGACCGCGGCUGCCACCUCCUCGUCGCCACCCCCGGCCGCCUCCUCGACAUGAUCGACCGCGGCCGCAUCGGCCUCGACUACUGCCGCUACCUCGUCCUCGACGAGGCCGACCGCAUGCUCGACAUGGGUUUCGAGCUGCAGAUCCGGCGCAUCGUCGAGAAAGAGACCAUGCCCAAGACCGGCGAGCGCCAGACCCUCAUGUUCUCGGCCACGUUCCCCGGCCCCAUCCAGAUGCUCGCCCGCGACUUCCUCGACAACUACAUCUUCCUGGCGGUGGGCCGCGUCGGCUCCACCUCCGAGAACAUCACCCAGAAGGUGGUGUGGGUCGAGGAGCACGACAAGCGCUCCUUUUUGCUCGACCUGCUGAACGCCGCCGACUUGACCCAACCGUCCUCCGAGAGCCUGACGCUCGUCUUCGUCGAGACCAAGAAGGGGGCCGACUCCUUGGAGGAGUUCCUCCACAUGGAGGGCUAUCCCGUGACGUCCAUCCACGGGGACCGCAGCCAGCGGGAGCGCGAGGACGCGCUGAAGCAGUUCCGUUCAGGGAACACCCCGAUCCUGGUGGCGACGGCGGUGGCGGCCAGAGGGUUGGACAUACCGCACGUCAAGCACGUGAUCAAUUUCGACCUGCCGUCGGACAUCGAGGAGUACGUCCAUCGGAUCGGGCGUACCGGGAGGAUGGGCAACCUGGGGCUGGCGACGUCGUUCUUUAACGAUAGGAACAGGAAUUUGGCGAGCGGGUUGUUGGAUUUGUUGAUUGAGGCCAAGCAGGAGUACCCGAGUUGGUUGGAGGGCGUGGCGGCCGACGGGCGGAUGCCGAGCUCGGGGCGGCGCGGGGGCAAGAGUCGCUACGGGAGCGGCGGGGGUAGCAGUUUCGGCGGGAGAGAUUACCGACAGCAGUCGGGAGGAGGACCGUCGAGAAGUCAGAGAUCUGGAGGAGGAAGUGCUGGGUAUGGGAAUAACGGAUUCGGAAAUAAUGGAGGUGGCCACUACGGCAUGGACCGCGGCGGCAACUUUGGCGGUAACUACAACUCCAACUCGAACGCCAACAGUCGCGACGACUGGUGGGAAAAUUAACGAAGUAAUCCAAGUUUUUCUUUCAAUAGACUACCCCAUUGCAAUAGCGGUUCCCCCCAGACCAUCCAGGCGUUCAACUUUUUAUUUUAUGUGCGUGUGUGUAACUUUAUUUGCAGGGGCAUUACAUGAAGUUUUACACUUCUUUCUUCAUCUCGUUUUCUUUUUUUACAUAGUUAAUUUAUUGCUCGUCGUUGUCGCCGUUACUCAGCCUGGAUGAUUGUAAUACACUUCACUGACACACAUACUAUGCAUAAAUGAAUUAAUUACGAUUACAGUAGAUAAUCUAGUUAUUGCUAGAGAUUUAAGGAACAAAAACAUUUCCGCAAUUAUAGUUUGUAUUGGCAUAAUCGAGUGUGUGGUUUUCUUUAGUUGUUGGCGCCCCCCGGGGCGACGGACGCAUGUACACAUUGUGCAAAUGGGUAUGUAAUUUAUAUUUUGCUAUCCCCAGUACCGAUAGCACGUGAUCUUGAAUAAACUGCGACUUUUAAGUAUUGCUGAGCCAAAAAGAUGUAUCUCUUAUUUAUUGACGAAACGUUAAACUUAUCGAAGACGUUCUAGUCUCACUGUCGGACAUGACCGAAUUGGGGGUAGGGCUCAAAUAGCGUUGCAGUUACAGCUGAGAGGCGCUAAGAGUAUUCUUCUGUAUACGACUGUGAUAUUUACCGAUCUAACGUAAAGGUUAAGAUACGUAGCAUAUGGUUGGCAUCGUCAGUGCAGUCGCGGAUAAAUCUUAGCGUACGAACAAUAAUUAACGUAGCGUAAGUCGGUCUUAGUGAAGUUCGCCAUGUUAGAGUGGGCACAUAUUUCGUGCCUCCUACUUAACCUCACUUUCCUUCGGGCGGUUCCGUUCGGUUUCGUUUCGUCUCGUCUCGUCUCGCAGAUGUUGUUUGAUUCGCACUCCCUGUGAUAUGGUUAGAAAAUUGGUGCCUAUUCUAACAGAAUGUGAUUCUCGUUUAUAACUAUUUUAGGAGCUGUGACUGCAACCGUGCUGCGAUUCAAGCGCCCCGGGGCGGCUCGCCGCCCCCACACCGGGGACGCCGAGCCGACCGGGGGCGGGUUGUUACUAGUUGGAAUUUAAAGGGAUGGCAAAAUGCUCCGUUACUCUCAUCUCAUGUGUGUCGAGAGUAUUUAUAACUUAUUUUAAUGCAUUUACAACUUGUUCUGGUAGAAAAUGCUGUUACGGCAUUAUUGAUGAUAAAUAAAAGAUAUUUCAACUCCA